AUGGCCAAUACUUGUAGAAUCAGCUUAAUCUGCAUCAUGGUACUCUUGCUCUUCACUAAUCACUUAGCUUUUCCUUCUUCUGCACGGCUCCGAUUUGUAGAAGGUCAAGAUCUUGUACACGGGAAGCAAAACAAUCUCUUGAAACUUGAUGAGAUUGAGAAAGCUGAUAGGGCACGUCUCGAUUACUUGUUUGGCAUGAUUGAUGAGGAGGCCGAGACCACUCACGUUGAGGAGGUUGAUUGUCGCUCGCUUCGUGUUGCUCCAAGCCUCUAUAUGUUCGAAGGUGUUAUAAGCACGUGCUCAUAA